AUGGCUAUAGCUGAGAUCCUGAUAAAGGAUGCUAAGGCCUUGGGGUUGAUUCAAGGAGCUGUAUCUGAAGAGAUCUUCCCCAGGAUUUCUCAUGAAGAAUCAUCUCAUGGAGCCUGGAACAUUCUGAAGCAGGAAUUUCAUGAAACGGAUAGUGAUUUGGACUUGAUGAGGACAUUUUUGUUGAUAUCAAAUGAGAAGACUGUUGAUAUUUUAGUGAAGGAUUUAUGCGGGAUCAGUGAAUAUAGUGGUGAUUUUUGUGUAAAUAAAGAGUUGAUAGCAUGUGAAAAGGGCGAGUCGUCGUGUUCUAGUACUGUCGAAGACAGAAACGAGUUUUUGGGCAGGUCAAAGAGAGCAAGUGCUAAGCCUUUGUUGUCAAAUGAGUGGGAGACAUACAUACAUCAUGUGGGGCAGAAGUUUGACGGUGGUGCAGAGGAGUUCCGGUUGAAAUUGUGCAAGUACGCUCUUGAAGUAGGAUUUAAUUUUUUAUAUGCCGGCAAUGACAAGAAGCGGGUGGUUGCCGUUUGUUCGAAUAAGAAAUUGGAGGGUUGCAGCUGGCGUGUUUAUGCUUCUCGUUGUGAAGCUGCUGGCAGUUUUGUAAUUCGGACGUUAAAUAAUGUUCAUACAUGUGCGGGUCGGAUACGGGAAUCAAAGAGUAAGAUGAUGAGGUCUCGUGUGGUGUCCUCCCUCAUUGUGGACAGAAUUCGUGCAAAACCAGAGCUGAAGCCAGUUGAGAUUAUACACGAGUUCAAAGAUUAUUAUGGUAUAUACAUUUCAUACUACCACGCAUGGUUUGGCAAAGAGUUAGCUAAAUUGGAAGUUCAUGGUGAUGAGUCGAAGUCCUUCAAUGAGUUAGUGUGGUAUGCGGACGCCGUAAAGGAAACUAACACUGGUUUUUAUCCUCUAGCUUUUGGAGUUGUUGAUUCUGAGACAGAGGAGAAUUGGACUUGGUUUCUUCAACAUUUGGCUUCUAUAUUGCUACCGAUGGGGAGAGUGGUGACCUUUUUCUCGGACAGCAAUCAAGGUUUGUUAAAUGCAAUGGGGUUUGUGUUUCCCGGAUGGCCUCAUUCUUACUGUUAUUAUCACCUCAAACAGAAUUUGAUAUCAAAGUACCCGAAGUCAGGUUAUGGGAAACUGCACCAAGACCGUGUUAUCAAUUUAUUUAGUAGAUGCGCAUAUGCUAUUACGGAGGAAGAGUUUAAGGUAGCAAUGGAGGAGUUGGUGAUUGUUGGGAGUUUGAAAGUGAAGGCAUUUAUAUCUGAUUUGUCUAGAGAUCACUAUGCCAACGCAUUUUUCAAAGGAAUGCGUUAUGGGGAGAUGGCAAACAGUUUAGCGGAGCCCUUUAAUAAUUGGGUUGGUGUGUUUCGAGAUUUGCCGGUGCUACCUUUGAUAGAAGGGAUUCGACAGAAAUUGAUGGUAUUGAAUUCUCAACGACGAUUUGAAGCGGAGAAGUGGACAACCGUUUUGUGUCCGGAGAUGGAAACUAGACUCUGUGAAAAUGCGGAGGCCGGUAGGACUUGGGCAGUUCGUCGUUCUAAUUCCACUGUUUUUGAAGUAUUUGCUGAUUAUAUAGUGAUGGUUGAUCUCGAGCAAAGGACUUGUUCUUGCCGUCUUUGGCAAAUUGACGAUAUUGGGAAAGGAUUGGGCAGCAAUGUUUCUGCAGCUGGAGUUGUGCUUCCGCCAAUUACAAAGAGGCCAGCCGGAAGACCACCAACAAAGAGGAUCAAAGUUUUUGGUGAAUUUAAAAGGCCAUUGAAACGCAGUCGGUGCAGUGUUGCUGGGCACAAUAGGAAGACUUGCAAGGCUAUUAUAGGAACACUCCUUCUCAUUUGA